GACCUAAACGGCAGCGAAAGCCAGUGACUAUUUCGUCGACACCCCGGAGUGACUCGAAGCAAGCAUGGCUUCUACAGCAAAUGUGACCGUGGGUGAUGGCCUGAUGGCCACCGAACUGUUCCUGACACGGGAUCCCCGCACCAUAGACUGGCCACUGGCCGGCGACACACAGUUCAUCAUCUUCCUGUUUGCGGCGUACAUCUACAUCGUCAAGGUGGGUGGGCCCUGGUUCAUGAAGUACCGCAAGCCGUACGAUGACAUCAAGCCGCUAAUCAUCCUCUACAACGCGGCCAUGGUGCUCCUAAACUGCUACUUUGUGGUGGCCUUCCUCUCCAAGUCGUACUUGGGCGGCGGCUACAGCCUCCUCUGCCAGGGCAUCAACUACGAGGCUCGCGACGAGGUCACAAUGAGCAUUCUGGCGCUCUGCUGGUGGUACGUGAUGGUGAGGAUAGCUGACUUUCUGGACACGAUCUUCUUCGUGCUUCGAAAGAAGUACUCGCACGUCUCCUUCCUACACGUCGUCCACCACAUCCUGGUCGUCUUCAACGGCUGGUUCGGUCUCACCUAUGGGGCUGAUGGUCACGUCACGUUCGGCGUCAUCCUCAACAGCUUCGUGCACGUGAUCAUGUACAGCUACUAUUUCCUCUCGCUGCUUGGUCCAUCCGUGAAGAAGCACCUGUGGUGGAAGCGCUACCUCACCCUGUUCCAGCUCGCACAGUUCGUGAUGAUCUUCCUGCACACGCUGAUGCCGCUCUUCAUUAGCUGCGGCUACCCGAGGACGCACACAUACAUCGUGCUGAGUCAGGCUGCCUUCUUCUUCGUCAUGUUCAUCCGCUUUUACCUGAAGGCCUACAGUGACAAGAAGGAUGCCAGCAUAGAUGGUCAAGCCGUCAAGGACAAGGUCCACUGAGAACUUAAAGCCGCAUGUUCAUCAACUGCAUGGAUUCUCAAGUUGGGUUUCGCAGAAACCCCGUAUUCUGUGACAGAAGUCUUAGGGUUCCACGAGUGGCCCGAACCAGUGCAACCCAAUCGGGUUUUACCCCCAUUAAGAGCAUUUUUAUUUAUUUAGACAAGCAUCCACAGAUCGGUUGUCUGCAGGUAGCGAGAGACCCAUGUGCUAGCAAUUUUAUUGCGUGCUAUGAAACACUAUGUUGGUUAGCUGCAAUUCAAAUAACAAUAAAGGGCACCUCGGCGCUUUAUUCGUGGCUCA